GCUGGAAUGGAUAUUUUCAGAGACGAAGAAGCGCACGAGUUGAAGUACAAACGCGGUGGACGUUUGGACAUGAGCCACGGCUUCCUGCAUCAUAUCCGCAGGAACCAGAUUGCCAGAGAUGACUACGACAAAGAGGUGAAGUUAGCCAAAGAAUCUCAGCGACGGAGGCACACCACAACUCCUCAACGACCCAGGAGACCUGACAUUCAGGUUUACCAUCCCCGACAAAGACAUGAAUCCGAACCUCAGGCAGGCGUGGAAACCGAAGAGUGGAACGAGAGUGGUUCAAGCACUGAGACGGAGAUGCAGGGAACUGAACUCUUCUGGCUCGACUAUCAGGCGGACUCUGGGGCUGUUACGUCUUUCCUUGUGCACAAGGAUGAUACACCAGCAAGGGUUGUGGAACGUGUUGCAGAAAAGAACGUCCUGGAUUUAGCCAUGAGGGCAGUUCUGGAGGCACGCAUUCGAAAGGAGAUGGACAAAAGGAGAGAUAAACGCUGA